AGGCCACUUUGGUCUAAUGGAUACGCCAGUCUGUACCCCACACUUCCUUUUCAACGAGGUUUCCCUCACAAACCUACUCGUUUACUAUUCCUUUCACAAACCACACCUACUCGUCUUACUAUUCUUCCUCGUUUCUUCGAGGACGUUUCGUUUACUCUUUUAUUUAAUCUUUAUAUAACGCCCCUCUUUCUCUCUGCAGUACCAAGUUCAGUGCUUUGAUUUCCUCACCGUCGCCCCUGCUUCCAUUGCUUUCCUCUAUAUCUCUCUUCACUUGGAUCAGAUUACAUGGCUUCUUCUUCUCGUCAAACAGAGAUAGAGAUUGUAAAUGCUUUUCAUGGCCUUGCUCCACCCUUCCCACCUUCAUCUGCAUCUACUUCUGCUACAUCUGCAUCACCAUUGCAGAAGUCGCCCUGUGAUAUUUUUAUUAAUCAUCGCGGACCCGAUGUGAAACACAAGCUAGCCAGAGAUAUCUAUAAUGCCCUCUAUGCUAUGGGUCUCAAGGUCUUUCUUGAUUCCCAAGAUCUUCAGUCGGGAGAUUUCUUCCCUACAGAACUACAACACGCAAUGUCUACUGCUGCCCUUCAUAUAGCAAUAUUUUCUCCCACAUAUGCAAAAUCGCCUUGGUGUCUUGCCGAGCUAUCCUUUAUACUCAAGACUGGGACGCCUAUUAUUCCUAUUUUCUACCAAGUUGAACCUGCCCAUCUCCGCCAUUUGAAAGGAAUCUACGAAUCUUCGUUUAUGGAGUAUGAAGAGAAGGGUAGACAUACAGACAUGCUCGAGGAGUGGAAGACGGCACUCUACAAUGCCUCAUUUUAUGAGGGCGAAAUCAUCAACAGUGAUGAAGAGGAGCAAAAGCAAAGGGUUUUGAAGAAUAUUGUGAAUCGUGUUUUGAAGAUAAUGAAAAGAGUACCAUUAGAGGUAGCAACACAUCCAGUGGGUCUUGAAGAAGCUGUAGCAGAUUUUGAAAUGUUCAUUACUGAAUCUGCAAAAAAUCAUUCUGAUGCUCAAAUUGUAGCAAUUUGGGGUAUGGGUGGAGCUGGGAAGACCACUCUGUCAAAAGAAUUCUAUAAUAAAAAAAGUUCAUCUAUAGGAAAAUCUAGUUUUGUUUUUGAUGUUAGAAAUGCUGCAAACAAAAAUGAGUUGCAUAUAAAGCAGAGACAACUCCUUAAAAAUUUGGGUUUUAAAUUCAAUGAUGAACCAUUCGACAAUAUAGAGCAAGGCAAGAUGAUUCUCUCUAAUUAUUGGAGAUCUCUUCCUGUAUUUGUCGUUUUGGAUGACGUGGAUCAUAGAGAUCAGCUAGAAGUUUUACUGCCGGGAAAGGCUAGCCUUGCACCUGGUAGUUUGAUCAUUAUCACAACACGGGACAAGGAAGUUCUCAAGGUUUCGGGUAUCUCUUGCAUUUAUGAUAUUAAAUUAAUGAAUCAGUCUCAUGCCAAGGAGCUUUUUUGUUGGCAUGCAUUCUUACAAUCUUCUCCACUGUUGGGGUUUGAAGAUCUGGUCGAAAAUUUCGUACAUGCUAGCAAUAGGUUACCUUUGUCUUUAAAGGUGCUUGGAGGUCAGCUUCAUGGGUGCUCUAAUAAAGAUUUAUGGAAAGAUGUAUUCAAUAAAAUUUCUAAAGUACAGCCCGAGGAUAUUAUGAAUAGAUUGAGGGUGAGUUAUGAUUCUUUAGAUAAAGAAGAGAAACAGAUGUUCUUAGAUGUAGCUUGUUUCUUCAUUGGUGAAAGCAAGAUGAUCGCUAUUGCAGUAUGGGAAGGAUUAGGCUGGAGUGGUUUGUGGGGUUGGGAGAGGCUUGUGAAUAAGUGUCUUGUUGAGCUUGUUGAUGGGAAUAAGAUAAGAAUGCAUGAACACCUAAGAGAUUUAGGUAGGGAAAUUGCAAGCACUCUUUCACCUCAUCGUCUAUGGAAUCCUCAUCAGCUUUGGACGAUCAACAAACAGGAGGAGAUAAGAGGAAUGAUUUUGAACAUACUUACAGCUAAUCAUGAUGUUCAUGAGUUUCUCGAUUCCUUGUUGAAUACAACGAUAUGUCUUUGUGGCUUCAAAAGAACUAGAAAACCUGUGCCUCAUGGAUUAAAGAUUUUAGUGAUAGGAAAACACUUCCGGAACAAUCUACACAUUGCCAAAUUAUCCACAGAGUUGACAUGGCUUCGCUGCAUCGGAAUUGCUCAUAGAAAUCUUUCAUCAUGUGUGCCAUUGACAAAUUUAAGAGUUUUAGAACUUUAUGACUGCCAUAAUAUGGUAGACUUGUGGAAGGAUGGGGUCAAAGCUCCAUUACAGUUAAGAGUGUUGAUAAUUUAUUCCUGCUUCAAAUUAAAAAGAAUUCCAAAGUCCAUAGGACAUCUCAUGAAUUUGAAAAAGAUGUCCCUGUGUCGGUGCAAUGUGAAGAGACUGCCAGAGGAAUUUUGCCGUCUUCAAUCACUAGAGCACCUGGAGUUGCAAGGCUGUGAAAGGCUAGCAACACUGCCGAGCUGUUUUGGCCAACUAACAGCACUGCAACAUCUAGAUUUGAGGGAAUGCUAUGAGUUGAGGAUGUUGCCAGAUUCUUGUAAGCAGCUCAGGCUCCUGCAACGUCUUGAUUUAGAGGAGUGUAGGAAGCUCAGCUUACAGUCAGACAUCCUGGAAAACAUGACAAGGCUACAGUAUUUGAACCUUUAUCAGUGCAAGCAAUUGAAGGAGUUGCCCCGUCACAUCACAAAUCAGGCUUCUUUGAGUGAGCUCUAUUUAAACGGAACUAGCUUAAGGGAUCUCCCAAUUAAUAUCGGUCAACUGAGCAAGUUGAGAGUGAUGGAGAUAGGUCCAGUGGAAGGGUGUUUCCAGAUGCAAUCUUUGCCAGACUCUAUGGGGAGCCUUACUCUGUUAGAGAAAUUGACAUUAAAGAAUUUAGAAGUGCAAGCAUUACCAAAAUUAUGGAAGCAGCUGAUUAAUCUUCAGACUCUGAGAAUAUCGGAUUGCCCAAUCGGCGAAAUGGAUUUUGGGCGGGGCCCAUUUACUUCUUUUCUUGGCAAUCUCAGGGAAAUAAGUCUGUGGGGCACAAAAGUGUCAAAGAUUACAAUUUCUGAUGAUUGCUGUCCCCGCCUUAAAAUUGUCGAUUUUCUUUUUAAUGACCAUUUAACGGAGGUCGACAGUCUACCGACAGCAGUGGAGGAAAUUCGGUUCGACUCUUGUGGACUGCUGAGGAAUCUAAGUUGUAUUGGGGGCGUAGUAAACCUUCAAACACUGAGGCUAUGGUACUGUACAGAGUUGGAGACGCUGCCAAGCUUUGAUAAAUUAGCUUCGCUGAAAGCAUUUGAAAUAAAAGGUUGCAGCAAAGUUGAGACAAUACAAGGUUUACAACACUGCACAUCAUUGGCGAGGCUUCAGAUAGAAUGUGUUAAAUGUUGGGAUGUGUCGGGUACAGAAAGCUGGGAGCACGUGCAAAGACUGAAAAUUUUGCAUCUCGUAGCAAAGAACAGAACAGCCGUGUUGCCCUGCAUUCAAACAAUUCAGAAAUGGCCAGAAGAUGUGGUAAUAUGUACAAAGGCAGUCGCUGGUGCAGGGUCACUUUUAAACUCUUCAGCCUUUCCCAAUCUCUCUGUCCUCCACUCCUUUGCUAACAAGAAAUUAGGCAGAAUCAAAUUAAACUCCGUCCGUUCUUUCGACGGUAAUGCCAUGAUGAUAUGUUUGGUUAUAAAAUGUAACUCAUUAACAUUUUUGGGUAUUGAUUAUCCGAGCGAUUUUCGAAUGUGGGUGGAAGAGGGUAAGUGGACAUGGUUAAGUGUGUUCACCAAACGUUCUGGAUUCCUCACUGAACGGGAGUUGACCUUAAAUGUGUUCAACACAACAUCUGAAGUGGAGGUAGAGAAAGGAAUAAUUGUGGGGGGCGAAGAAAAGAGCGUGGUGGAGAGUUUCCGCAGCUUACUGGCCCUUCUAGAAAUUUGAUAGUCAUUAAAUAAUGGCAUUGUAUUUUUGCUUGUUUUUAACAUAAAGGAGGGGUAAAAUUGUUGGAUUGUCAAUUUAUUAAUUGUUUAUUUUAA